AUGGCCUCACAACUUUUCCUAUACCUUGCCCAUGUAAUUCCAUUCGCCACUCUCUGGAUUCUUUCAGUUUUCGAAGUUAUUCCCACAUUUUCCUAUCUUCCCGAUUUCACACAUCAUUUUGUUUUAUUUGUGAGUUUUUUCCUUUUGGUUUUCAAUUUUAAAAAUGUUAUACUCACUAUAUUUUCAGGCACCUAUAUACACAGUUCUUCUAUUAGGAGUGAGUUUUCUGCUGUUAUUUCAUGAAUUUUGAUCAAAUUUGUUUAGUUUUACGCAAUUUUCUCUGUAAUUCACGGAGUUUCGACUUUCAAUGAUUGCAAUGAUGCAAAACAAGAACUUGUGCAAGAAAUCAAAGAAGCUCGAGAGGAUUUGAAAAAAAGAAAGAUUAUUGAUUGA